UAACAUGUAUGAAUUUUGAAAAUGUGUGUAGUUCCCCUUUAAACCUGCAAAAGUGAGGCACUGAGAAAAUGCAGCAUUUUCAUAUCCUGUCGAACUAAAAGGAGAUCAGUUUCCAUUUGCACUUAACUAAUAUUUCGUCACACUGAACUAAACAUCACGUGAAAAGUUUCUUUUGCCAGUAACACAUAACAGACGACUUACAAUUAGCUGCUACAGGAACCACGGCAGAGUCGCCUGAAGGUCGUUGUAAUGACGGCUAAGUGCAGUUAAGUGGUCUAAAAUUAGACAAGAGAUUCUUUGGCACGUCCGGGUUCAUUUACACUUCAGUGUUCCUAUUUAAUACAAUACUUAAUACACCAACACAGUGGUGGUAAUAAUGUAUCAUCUCAGCUACAGUUUCAAUCAAAGGAAAAGGUCUCUAGAUCACUUAUCAGGAAGAGGAGGCCACAGAAACACUUGAAUUACUGAAAAGGCAAAUGGAAGAAAGUAACAGAAGAUGUCAAUCCCUUACAUAUUAUUAUGUUUUUAGCACACAACUUUUCACAUAUGGACUCCAGCAGUACUGGUAUGGAUAUGGACUCUAUAUAUAGUGGUGGGACUGGAUGUCCUGGCUUGUGAAAACAGUUCGAGUAUGUUUUUAUUGAGCAUAAAUCCCUCGGAAAGGGAUAAAUUUACUCAAUUUGGCUCUGGGAGUUGAAGAGGUUUAAGAGGCUCAGGCCUGGGGACUAGGCCUGGAAAUAAAGAAGACUGAAAGCACUGUGAGAAACGCAGCUGUUCGUGGCGCCAAAUGCAGACUGCCAACAGUUUAUAACUUAAAUUAGUUUUGGCUCCAACAGCUGAUUCUAAGAAUGGAGAGACUAAAGGAGAACCUUAAAGAGGGAGAAAAACGAUCCCGUUUAAGCCAGAAUGAUUCUUUACGCAGGUUGUUUUUUUUAUGCUAAAUGCAAAUGUUAUUCCAGUGUGAUUGCAAAGUAGUUGUUUUAAGCCAUCUUGCAAAAUUUAGAGUUUUAUUUUGAAGUUUUUCUUAUCAUUUGUUGCCAUCUAAUGGGAUCAAAUUCACAAAGCGUUGGGUCAUUGUUUUGAGAAUAACGGGGUCAGUUACAGCAGCAGGCGUUACCAUGUCCACAUUGUGGAGGGGGAGGGCUUCAGAGGGUAAAGGGGAGAGAGGGAUUGUAUUUUUAUAAACCAUAUGUGCUCUCCUGCACUCCUGACAGUGAUAAAGUAGAAAGACACCCCAGAGUAGAACUGCUGUGCCUUUCAAAGUCAAAAUAAAGUGAGGCAGACUCCGCCACAGGGAUCUUAAUUGGACACAAAGAGAGAAGAAGAGGAAAAAACACUGUCAAAAUUGAAUCUAAAACCACAAAAGGUAUCAUCAAGAAGAAGGCAAACGAAGCAGAGAAACAUGGAUGUGAAGACUGAAAACUCCUCAAAUGGCUUCUUCUCACCAGAGAUCAACUUGGAGAAGUUACACAAGAUGGCUGCAGAUGUGAUUCUGCUGGGAAAGUUCAUCCUCAGACUGCUGAACGCCGCUCUGGUGUUUGUAACAAACAUACUGGCCAGGAUUUUAGGAAGCGACCUGGUCAGACGACAUUUCCACCUGAUGCUGUCUGCUGUGGUUCUGUUUGGUCCUGUGCUGAGUUUCUGGGUGUCAAAGUACAGCAUCUUCGCCAACAGCAACAACUACCUGUACAGGAAGUUCCUGAAGUCCACAUGGGGUUGGACUUGCAUCUUCACAGGUUCCUUCAUCCUGCUCCUCUCCGCCUCCGCCCGCCACUCCCCCUCUCUCCUCCUCCGCCACCUCUCUCGGAUAGGGGUCGCGGGGUUGCUCUGGUGGGGCUGCCAGCGUCUCCUGAACCUGCUGGAGGACGCAACAGGAACCUGUUAUGAACUUAUGACCCCUGCCCAGGACAUCCAAGGCACCGCCUCCUCUGUACAGGCCCUGCUGCUCCUGCAUGAAGACCAGACCAGGGCCUCCUGCCUCAGAGCCAACAUGUUGUGGAGAGGUUACGAAGCAUCCCAGGACGUCCUCAUCGUCAGCUUGUGUUGCCUGCUGCUUGUGGAGGAAAUAUCUGUCUUUGGUCCUCACGUAACUCAAACAAAACCUCUGCAGAGGUCACCUGGUGCCCCUUUAAGGUUCAUCUUCCUCCUGUGUGUGGUUCUACUCGCUGUUUGGAUGUUCCUGCUGCUGUGUUUGCUCGCGCACUUCCCCAAGUUCCCCGCGCAGCAGCUGGGUGGAGCACUGGGCUACCUGGGAUGGCGAGGACUCUAUCAGGGGUGGUACAGACUAAAAUCGAGCUGGGGUUGUCCUGGUUUGCCGGGAGAGGGAUUAUUCACCACAGUAGUGUGAAACUCUGUUGUGGGGAUGUGGUUGUGACCUUGAAAGCUCAGGCUCAAGUUUUGGAAAGUGAAAAUGGCUUCUUAUUAGGGUUGCGAGGAGAAAUCUAGGUGUAGUGUAUCACCUAAAAACCCUUGACAACACUACUACAGCUUUAAAUUCCCAUUCAGACAAGAGAAGAGCACACAGAAGUAUCGGAAUCAUGUUGCUUUAUUUUGUAAUCUGAACCAAAAUGAAUGCAGAAUAAGAAAAAGAAGAUUUUUUUUUUGGUCAGGGCGGGUGUUUUGUUACUUGAGUGUCAUACUACACUAGUUGUAUCUUGUUAGAGAGCUGCUGGAGUCUCAGUAGAUGAGAGCCUUGCCGUCUCCUCUGGGCUUCUUAAUCUUGUCAUAGUUCUUGUUAAUGAUGUCAAACAGCACAGCCUGCAGAGAGAGAGAUACAGAAAGAGAGAGGGAAUCAUCAGUGGAAAUGUGACGCGAGAAAGAUAUAAGAAAGAUGGACAGCAUGCGAGAGAGACAGAAAGGUCAGAGGCAGUAAUAAAAAAGAGAGAGAGACGCCCAGAUCCGGAGCCGUAAUCGUGUCAAACAGCUCCUUUCAUCAUCACCUGUACCGCCUUGUUCAUUAACAGCAUCAAACACGGGAGGACAAUAGCCAGAGGAAGGAGAUAAACAGUGAUUAAUGGAUAGGAGAUGGAGCGCCAAUCAAUUUAACACAAGCACAGCAAUUAGUUUAAUUACCCUCCUAUUAAGAAGGAACGGAUUCCAUUUAGCCACCGUCCCUGCUGCUGCUGGGACACGACUGGAAUAUCUUAUAGUUGUGUGGGUGGUUGUAUUCAAAGUACAGUGCGUGAUUGCAACAGAUGGUAUAUUCGGUUUGAUACAUGUACACAGACUUAAUACAAUUUGAUUUUGAUCCAUUUUUCAUAUAUGAAACAAUCUUUUCAGAAAGAGUAAACAGUAAACAAGAGGGCGUGUUUGUCUUACAUAUGUGUUGCGGAUGUCCAGGAUCACAAGGCGGAGCUCAUUGUACUGAUACUGGUCCAGCUCAUGAACCAGCUGUCUGUAGUCUCCCUGCAGCAGAAAGCACACACGACACAGAGUUUAUAUGUAAAAGCAUACAGUGCAUGGUUCAUCCAGUAUGUACGCAAAUUACGCAACAUGAUUAUCAUAACAAGUCAUUAUUUUACACACAAAUAGAGCAUACAGGGUGUGCAGGUGGCACACAAUGGACAUUCAUCUCAAUUUAUUCUAUCACUGAGUGUGACCAUUAAUACACAGAAACACACGUACAUGUGUAUUAAUUUACAAUGUAGCACUCUGACAACAUAUGAGAUACUGACCACGUGGUUUUGCUUGGAGGCUUUGGCCACAGCAUCGCCUCUCUCGUUGUAAUAUCUAACAAACAGGAGAAGGAGAAGUUACUUUUGUUCAUUUAUAACAGUCAUAAACAUGAUAUAUUACUGCAUAAUUAUCUUUAAUAUCAGUGAGUGCCCAAAUUUCUCUUGUAACUGUGAUAUCCAAGAAACCCCGAGUCCAGUUUUGAUUAAAGCGAGACUGUAGCUUUUGCUGAUCAGCUGUGGCCACAAGUGACAGUUAUGGCUAAACUACUGUUGAGCUAAAUGCUCAACAGUAGUUUGGCAUUUUGCUAAAAUGUUAUUGUAACGUAAUGAAGUCAAUAAACUGAUUCAGUAAUGUCUGUUACACAGUAAUGUUUACCUUAAGUCUGCUAACAUUAGCCACCAUAAGCUACCAAAACCUCUGAGUAUAUUGAAUUGAGCAACGGUGUGCUUUAUUGCUUAUGAAUUCAACUUUGAAUUUGUGAGGGGUGAAUUGUAUUAUUUAUUUUCACAAAAGUGACAUAGUUUUGCUUUAAAAUGAAGUUGUUUUUUUGCAUACACACUGAGUGCACUGAUGCAUAAACUCAUUACACAGAUUAUCCUGAAAUGAGAUGUAAAUAAUGGUCAAACUCACCAAUUUUGAAAAGUCUGAAAGGCCCUGUAGCUCUUAAUAACGGUGUAUUCAGUUAUUAUGACUACUUGUAUCUCUUUUCAGGACUAUGUGUGUGUGUGUGUGUACAGUCCAUGAACAGCUGCCUGACACUUGUGUUUUGUUGCACCUAUUUCGGGCUCAACAACUAACACAUUUAUGAUGCUGACAAUUGCUUCUGGCGUUUGAUGAUCUCAGCGAAUGACUAGCAUGACUGUGCCCAGCUGCUAUAACCAGCCAAAACGACUAGCAACACCUGUGGGUGUAGAUGCAUUGAUGAAAGAGGUGAUGCACCUUGUUGGUGUGACUGCAUCUUUUGUUUAUCAUUCAAAUAAACAAAAUCUACCACUUAA